AUGUCAAAAGUCAGCUUGCUUGUUUUUAUCAUUGUUUUCGCUUGUUUUGUUGGUUGCGUACAAGCUUCUAUCCAUCUAGUACCACAAGCAACCAAAUCCACUCCAGCUAGUCAAAGUAAACUUGAAGAAACUAAACUAAUCAUCUUGCCUUCAUGGACACAAAUAUUCGAAACUAGACAAAUCAAUGGACAAACCAUCUCACAAUACGCCCAACAAUAUGUCAACUGGGCAGGUGUCAUUGGAGGUUCCGUAGCUGGUCUUUUAUUUUUAAUUAUCAUCUUACCAACAAUUAUUGCCUGCGUUGCUUUAUGCAUUGUUGGAUGUUGUGUGAAACAAACUAAUUCAAACGAAACCGAGUUGGAAUCAAAGAAUCCAUACUCUGAGUUACCUACCACAUCCAUUUCAGGUCAAUUGGUCAAUGGAACAACUUUAUAUGAUGUCAAUUAUGCUGAUUGUGCAGUUUUCCUUUUUUGGGCAGUUACAUGGAUUUUCAGAAAAUUAACAUGUGGAAUUUUUGAUUCCAUUUUCAUUUUGAGAAGAACAAGAUUUCGUGUCAGAAAAAUGUUGGUUGGAAAUCGGAAAUUAGACAUGGACAUUUCUGAUCACUGUUGUCACAUUCCAUUUCUUCAUUAUUUGAACGGUUGGCUGAAUUUGUACACUUGUGGAUUGUGGAGAGUCUUUGGAAUGACCCACAGAUUCUAUUACAGAAAGAUUGAUGAUAGAAUUUAUUGGAAACCAUUAGAAAGUUCAAAAGAAAAUUCAGAAGAAAUUCAAUGGAUUGGCUUUAACAAUGAAAAAGGUGGCAAAAAUCAAUUCACAUGGUUUAGUAUCUAUUGUGGAUGGAGAAUUGAAUUAAUGUAUUGGUUCUUGAAGAGAUUUGUAAAUGUUUUCACAUUAUUCUUUGCAGGACCAUUUAUAGAAGCUUGGUAUUUAAGGGAAAAGAUUCAAUUUGCUAAAUUUGGAGGGAAGGGAAGUUUUGCAAUUAUUCAAAAUGGUCAACCAAUUUCGAUGGUUGCUGGUUCUCCAAUGAAAUUAUCAUUUAAUUCCAUUUUGGAUGGAUGUUCCUAUUUAGGAAGGUUAGUAUUGUUUAGAUUUUUGGUAAUUGUUUCAUGUGGAGUGUUUGCUUGUUGUCCUGGUGAGAGAUUUGUAUUGUCAUUUAUUGAUGAACAUUUGGUAUUGAAUUCUUCUCAUUAA